AUGGCACUAGGACGUUUAUCUCAUACUGCAGCCCUGCUCAAUUCGGGCAAAGUUCUUAUUGCUGGGGGUUACGGAGCAACCGGGUAUCUUGUCAGUUCUGAAAUGUAUGAUCCAUCAACGGACGAAUGGAACUCUACUGCAAGCAUGGCACUAGGACGUGUAUCUCAUACUGAAACCCUGCUCAAUUCAGGCAAAGUUCUUAUUGCUGGGGGUUACGGAGCAACCGGGUAUCUUGCCAGUUCCGAAAUAUAUGAUCCUUCAACGAGCAACUGGAGCCCUACUACAAGCAUGGCAAGAGCACGUAUGUUCCAUACUGCAACCCUGCUCAAUUCGGGCAAAGUUCUUGUGGCUGGGGGUGCCAUAUCAACCGCCAGUCUUGACAGUUCUGAAAUAUAUGAUCCAUCAAUAGGCAGCUGGGCCCCUACUACAAGUAUGAUACAAGCACGAUAUUCACAUACUGCAAUCCUGCUCAAAUCGGGCAAAGUUCUUGUCACUGGGGGUUACGAAUCGACCGAUUCUCUUAAUAGUUCUGAAAUAUAUGAUCCAUCAACGGGCCAAUGGAACUCUACUACAAGAAUGGCAAUAGCACGCGCGUACCAUACUGCAACCCUGCUCAAUUCGGGCAACGUUCUCGUUACUGGUGGGUUGAAUGCAUCCUUUAUUCUUCGUAGUUCUGAAAUUUAUAAUCCAUCAACGGGCAAAUGGAACUCUACCACAAGGAUGGCAAUAGCACGUGGGCAUCAUACUGGAACCCUACUCAAUUCGGGCAAUGUUCUUGUCGCUGGGGGUUACGGAUCGAUCGGUUAUCUUAAUAGUUCUGAAAUAUAUGAUCCAUCAACGGAAGAAUGGAACUCUGCUACAAACAUGGCAAUAGCACGCGGGUACCAUACUGCAACCCUGCUCAAUUCAGGCAAAGUUCUUGCCACUGGGGGUAUCGGAUCGAUGGAUUAUCUUGUUAGUUGUGAAAUAUACAAUUCGUGA